AUGUCGCAAGGUAUCUAUUUGACAGAUCAGCCUGUUAGAAGGCCUCAACCAAGUCCUGGAAACUCACUCAUAAGAAAGAUACAGAGAGCUUGUCGAUUGACCCUGGCCGAACCAGAUCUCGGACUGAACCUAGAUGUGGCCGAUUUUAUCAAUGCUAAGCAAGGGGCUGCGCCAAGGGACGCGGCCAUAGCAAUCGUGAAGCUCAUCAACAGUCGCGACACACAUACUGCGGUUUUCGCACUGGCCUUACUCGACGUGUUGGUGAAGAACUGUGGGUAUCCAUUUCACUUGCAGAUCUCUCGUAAGGAGUUUCUCAAUGAAUUAGUAAAGCGAUUCCCUGAAAGACCACCUUUGAGAUUCACUAAGGUCCAGAGAUUGGUUUUGACUGCGAUUGAGGAGUGGUACCAAACUAUAUGCAAGCAUGCGAGCUACAAAGAAGAUAUGGGUUACAUUAGAGACAUGCACAGACUUCUUAAGUAUAAGGGGUAUAUCUUCCCCAAGAUCAAAGAAGAAGACCUUGCCGUGUUGAGGCCUGGCGACCAUUUAAAAACUCCUAGUGAAAUUCAAAAAGAGCAAGAAAUUGCCCAAGCUGCCAAGUUGGAAGAACUUAUCAGACGCGGCCGGCCAGAAGAUUUGAAAGAAGCCAAUAAACUCAUGAAAGUGAUGGCCGGGUUUAAAGAGGAUAACGUCAUCAAGUCAAAACAAUUAAUCAACGAGGAACUGUUCAAACUGAAGCGUAAAGCCGAUCUUUUCAAAGACAUGCUAAGCACGUCUGAGCAACCAAACAUGGACAAUGAGACAUUGGUAGAGUUGUAUAGUGCAUUGAAGGUCUCGCAGCCUAAAUUUCAGAAGAUUAUUGAGGAGGAGCAUGACGACGAUGAAUUGAUUCAAGACAUAUUGCAGUUCAAUGAUACGGUUAAUCAACUGGUCCAAAAGUAUAUUUUGUUGAAGACAGGUAAUACGAGCGAAGCUGCUAAUAUCCAAGUGUCUUCGAUCUCAUCAUCCGCACCUGCAGGACGCUCGAGUGGCGCCUUAGCUAAUGAGCUCAAUCUAAUCGAUUUUGGAGAUGAUGAAGAACCUUCAUCAUCACCUCCGCCAGCUGGCGAAUCUGGCAACCCUGUGGAAGACCUUUUAGGUGAUCUGAAUAAUUUGAGUUUUUCCCAGCCAUCUCAAACUUUUGGACUAGGUGGAAGUAUUUCGCUUGGCGCUGCUCAACCCACUUCGCAGGUAACGCCUGCUUCAGAUUUUGAUCUCUUAGCAGGCUUCUCAAACGCAUCGUCUUCGACACCGCCGCCACCUCCGUUACGUCAAGGAAAUUCCAACUCAGGCUCUUUCGCUUUUGACGGAUUUGCAGAUGCUUUCAACAGUCCUAAGGCGGAGAGAGUACUGGUUUCUUCAUCUAGUCACCUGAAAAUUGAGUUUGAGGUCUCGAGGCAGUCUGAGUCGUCCAUAAAAAUAUCUUCAUUCUUUUCGAACGAGGGAGUUGUGCCAAUCUCGGGACUUACCUUUAUGGUGGCUGUUCCCAAGUCAAUGGCUCUGAAGCUGGACCCCCAAUCCGGUAACUUCAUAUCUGCAGGAGGUAAAGACGAAGUAUUUCAAUUUGGCUCCAUCGAGAACGCACCCGCAAAUUCAAGUAAGCCUUUGAAGGUCAAAUGGAAGGCUUCAUACGUUGUUAGCUCGACGCCAGUUGAAGAGACGGCAGUUUUUACUCUCCCACAGAUUUAG